AUGGCCACCACCACCACGGAGGAGAGCUCUCCGGUCCCGGCCUCCGUAGCACCGCAGCAGCCUGACUUGGAAACUAGCGUAGAACCCGGCUCAGCGGUGAAGCCUGAGCCCAGCGAGGCCCAAAGUGACAGAGAGGGAAGAGAGGAUGAGGAGGAGGACGCUGGAGGAAGAAGCUCAGUGCCUUUGCAGGAGAAUGCAAGAGGGCAGAGUCUGGACCCGGAGUGGCUGGAGGAGAGGUUCAGGAUCGACAGGAAGAAGCUGGAGAACAUGUUGUACGCUCCAAAGCACGGAGACGCUGAGACAGGGGAGGAGUUUUUUGAGAGAGUGAUGAGAGAAACUAACACUCAGGUGAAAUGGCCGUCCAAGCUGAAGAUUGGAGCCAAGUCAAAGAAAGAUCCACAUGUGAAGGUGGAAGGGAAAAGGCCCAAUGUAUUGGAAGCAAAAAAGAAGAUCCUAGAAGUGCUGGAAACCAGGGUGAACAAGGUGACUCUGAAGAUGGACGUGGCCUACACCGAGCACUCCCACGUCAUUGGGAAAGGCGGUGGAAACAUAAAAAAAGUGAUGGAGGUCACAUCCUGUCACAUCCACUUCCCCGACUCCAACCGCCACAAUGUUACGGGAGAGAAAAGCAAUCAGGUCUCCAUCGCCGGGCCCAUAGAGGGAGUGGAGGAAGCCAGGAGGAAGAUAAGAGAGCUGCAGCCGCUGUCCUUGACCUUUGACCUCCCAGUCACUCUGGUGCCCCAGUCUCUGCCAGAGGCGGGUUCACCACUCAUCCAGCAGGUGAUGCAGAGUUUGGGGGUCAGUGUGAGCUUCAGGGCCGUGCCCCCCCAGCCCCAGGCCCAGCCCCCCUUCUAUGGAAGCUGCUGCACCGUCUGGGGCCUGCAGGGAAAUGCAGCUGCAGUCAAGAAGGGGACGUGCAUCUUGAUGGACCUGCUGCUGGGGUCAGAGGUCACAGGUAUAGUGAGCAGCCAGCUGGACGUCACCUCUCAGCAGCAUCUGUUCCUGUUGGGUCAGAACGGAGCUCACUUCCUGAGCGUCAUGCACCAGACCCAGACCCAGAUCAUCUUACCAGACCUCAGCGCUCCGCAGAGCCCCCCCUCGCUGCUCAUCCAGGGCAGCCCUGAUGGAGUGUGUCAGGCACGGCAGCAGCUCAUGGACUGUUUGCCGGUGUGUCUGAUGUUCGACAUGCGUGAAGACGGAGAGGCAGAUCCUUGUAAGCUGGCUCAGAUGAUGCAAGACCUGGGAGUCUUCAUCAGUGUGAAGCCCAAAGUAAAACAGACCAGCAAGUCAGUGGUGGUCAAAGGGCUGGAGCGGAACAUCUCCUGUCUGUAUGAGGCCCGGCGUCUGCUCCUGGGGCUGGAGUCCUGUGAGACUGCUAAGCUAAUUGAGGUGACCCCUGACCCCAUGCUCUCCGGCAGCGAGCUGACCAACUACUGGCUCAACAUGUUGUUGCAGCAGCUUCGACUGUCUGAGCAAGGUUCCGUUCCAGCUCCCACUCCAGAGAUGCUGACUGGUACCAAGCUCCGCCCUUCAGCUCCACCGGGCCUUACCUCUCACCCUGAGGAGGGGAGGACGGGACUGAAGGGAGCAGACAGCCGGCCACUGGAGAAGAUCCUGGAAAAUGAGGACCAGUAUGGCCAGUCCGAGGAUGAGAGCUCUGAGGUCAUGAUGUCAUCAACUGAGGUGCGUGAUGCAAUCAACAGCAGCAUUGGCCGGAUGGGAUUGAUGGCUCGGAGGGGGAGUCUCCAGGGCCCCGAGAUAGUCAAGGUCUUAGGCCAGGGCCGGCGACACUCAACAGGACAGGCCCUAACCUACAGAUUGCUGAACACAGAGAUGGAGGGAGCGAGGAAUGAAUGGAGGAACAGCCUGAGGAGAGACAUGAUGCUGGCUCUGGAUGUUCACACUGACUCAUCCCAGGCUGAGGAUUAUGACUAUGAGAAGAAGAAACUACUGGCAACCAGAGCCAUGCAGAGGAAACCUGUGGUCACUGAGGUGCAGACGCCCACAGACCACUGGAGUGGCCUCGGCUUCUCCAAGUCGAUGCCAGCCGAGGCCAUCAAGGAGCUCCGCAACAUCGGCCGCCGCUGCUACAAGCCCUACCUGAGCACCAGCACCAGCACCGCCCAGCAACAGCCAUGGGCUGCACCGACAGGGAAGAUGUUCAACGGGAGCAACUCGGAGAACUGGAGGGACAGACGGGCAUCUGCAUCUUCAUUCCUGCCUGUCUCUUCCUCUUCUUCCUCCUCCUCUCCUUCCUCCUCCCCCUCCUCACCUGCCUCCACUCUCUCCUCGUCUACCUCGUCCUUCCCUGAUUUCGUGUCGUCAAUGAAAAGAGGCAGAAUUGAGAAACCUUCGGAGAGCUUCCUGAGCAGCAGCGGCAGCUACUUUGAAGGCAUGUGUUCAUCGAGGAGGGCGUCGACCUGCAGUCAGCGGAGCCCCUCCCCCCAAAUCACAGACGACCUACCUGAGCUGCUCCAUCAACUCGGCCUGAUCAAGUACAUCGAUGUGUUUGAACAACAAGAGAUUGACUACCAGACCUUCCUCACUCUGUCUGAUGAGGAUCUGAAGGAAGUGGGCGUGUCCACCUUUGGCGCCAGACGUAAGAUGUUAUUGGCCAUCUCAGACCUCACCAAGAGCAAGAGGAGGCUCUCGGACACACCUGCUGUGAAACCUGGAUACCUGGAGGGCGGUGCGAGCGGUCGACUGCCACGAAUCAUGGAUGUGGAAGUUGCUGCUCACAGUAACCACUGGUGA